AUGGCUUUUCCCCUCCCCCCUAAAUCCAUGGGGCCCCCCUCGUCUUGCUCUGGAGUUCAGUUCCCGGGAACCGACGGGAGAUCCGCCCACCUAGAUGCUGCGGAUUGGCUACCGCAUGCGGUGACCUCACUGAGGCUGGAGAUCGGGCCGCCCCACCGGGCAGCCCGAGCGGUUCUGACCCCGCCGCCACGGAACCUGCAGCGGAGUCGAGACCAAACAGCCCGCGCCGGCAGCUUAUUCAACACGUCGGAAUGCGUCGCUGCCCAGCGCCUGCAGUUUGUUGGUAAACAGACGCUGGGUCAGGGAGGUACCUCCCCGCGCCCAGCCUGCCCCGCACGCGCGCGGCGAGCACGCCCCCGUGGGGCGCCCUCUGCCUGGCACGCCGCGACCGCCGCGACUGCGCCUCGCCGCACCCCGAGCCCCCUCCCGGCUUCCGCUUCCGGCAGGGGCCCUGGUGUGGUUGCGACAUCGCAGCUCCUGCAGGCUCCCGAGGCCCCAGGAGGGAUCCUGCGUCUGGACUUUUGCCCAUGCGGCGCCUCGCCUUUCUUGGCGCCGCGUGAGGCUGAAGCCUUGCACGCACCGAGACAAAAUCCGGGAGUGGGAGGAGAAUCCAGUUUGAUGGCUCCUCGGAGGACGAAGGAAAUCCAACAGGGCCGUCUGGGCGGCCGCAUUUUCCAUCCCGUGUGCAGGACCUGCUUCUAAAUAUUAUAUAUUGUAUACACGUAUGCAAGUAUCUAUGGCCACAGAUACACGAUUACACAGAGACGCAAUUCAAGUACAAUAUAUAUACUCCCAUAUACCAACACAUAGGUGUCUACACCGAUGUUAAUUUAACAUUAGCUUCCAACCAUGAACAGAAAGGUUCAUUUAUGGGCCUGCAUAUACAGAGUAUAGGUUGUGAUGUGUAUAUAUCCACAUACUGAAAGGUGGAUAGCAGUGUUCCGGAAUAAAAGCACUGUAUUUGUCUCCUACACAGACCCACGGCUAAGCAAAUAGAAUUGUCAAUGGAGACACUUGAAAAAUACAGAAAAUCCAAGCUUAUAAGCGUUUAUGCCUGUGUAUUCACCCUAUGAGAGUUAAUGAGAGUUACUGGUCCACACACAUCUAAACUGCUUCAUGUUAGGGGAGAGACAGUUACACCCCCAAACGCACCAGUCCUCAAAGACCCCAGCACACCCAUAUAUACAUACCCUUUCUUGCUUGAGUAUGCAGUUGGGGUGGGCUUAUUCAUAU